AUGAACCACCUCCUCAUCAACGCGGGGAAGACCAAGGAGAUGAACCACCUCCUCAUCAACGCAGGGAAGACCAAGGAGAUGAACCACCUCCUCAUCAACGUGAGGAAGACCAAGGAGAUGAACCACCUCCUCAUCAACGCAGGGAAGACCAAGGAGAUGAACCACCUCCUCAUCAACGCGGGGAAGACCAAGGAGAUGAACCACCUCCUCAUCAACGCAGGGAAGACCAAGGAGAUGAACCACCUCCUCAUCAACGUGAGGAAGACCAAGGAGAUGAACCACCUCCUCAUCAACGUGAGGAAGACCAAGGAGAAGAACCACCUCCUCAUCAACGUGAGGAAGACCAAGGAGAUGAAUCACCUCCUCAUCAACGUGAGGAAGACCAAGGAGAUGAACCACCUCCUCAUCAACGCAGGGAAGACCAAGGAGAUGAACCACCUCCUCAUCAACGUGAGGAAGACCAAGGAGAUGAACCACCUCUUCAUCAACGUGAGGAAGACCAAGGAGAAGAACCACCUCCUCAUCAACGUGAGGAAGACCAAGGAGAUGAAUCACCUCCUCAUCAACGUGAGGAAGACCAAGGAGAUGAACCACUUCCUCAUCAACGCAGGGAAGACCAAGGAGAUGAACCACCUCCUCAUCAACGCGAGGAAGACCAAGGAGAUGAACCACCUCCUCAUCAACGUGAGGAAGACCAAGGAGAUGAACCACCUCCUCAUCAACGUGAGGAAGACCAAGGAGAUGAACCACCUCCUCAUCAACGCGGGGAAGACUAAGGAGAUGGACCACCUCCUCAUCAACGUGAGGAAGACCAAGGAGAUGAACCACCUCCUCAUCAACGCAGGGAAGACCAAGGAGAUGAAUCACCUCCUCAUCAACGUGAGGAAGACCAAGGAGAUGAACCACCUCCUCAUCAACGUGAGGAAGACCAAGGAGAUGAACCACCUCCUCAUCAACGCGAGGAAGACCAAGGAGAUGAACCACCUCCUCAUCAACGCGGGGAAGACUAAGGAGAUGGACCACCUCCUCAUCAACGUGAGAAAGACCAAGGAGAUGAACCACCUCCUCAUCAACGCGGGGAAGACCAAGGAGAUAAAUCACCUCCUCAUCAACGUGAGGAAGACCAAGGAGAUGAACCACCUCCUCAUCAACGUGAGGAAGACUAAGGAGAUGGACCACCUCCUCAUCAACGUGAGGAAGACCAAGGAGAUGAACCACCUCCUCAUCAACGCAGGGAAGACCAAGGAGAUGAAUCACCUCCUCAUCAACGUGAGGAAGACCAAGGAGAUGAACCACCUCCUCAUCAACGUGAGGAAGACCAAGGAGAUGAACCACCUCCUCAUCAACGUGAGGAAGACCAAGGAGAUGAACCACCUCCUCAUCAACGUGAGGAAGACCAAGGAGAUGAACCACCUCCUCAUCAACGUGAGGAAGACCAAGGAGAUGAACCACCUCCUCAUCAACGCGAGGAAGACCAAGGAGAUGAACCACCUCCUCAUCAACGCGGGGAAGACUAAGGAGAUGGACCACCUCCUCAUCAACGAGACCAAGGAGAUGAACCACCUCCUCAUCAACGUGAGGAAGACUAAGGAGAUGGACCACCUCCUCAUCAACGUGAGGAAGACCAAGGAGAUGAACUACCUCCUCAUCAACGCAGGGAAGACCAAGGAGAUGAAUCACCUCCUCAUCAACGUGAGGAAGACCAAGGAGAUGAACCACCUCCUCAUCAACGUGAGGAAGACCAAGGAGAUGAACCACCUCCUCAUCAACGUGAGGAAGACCAAGGAGAUGAACCACCUCCUCAUCAACGUGAGGAAGACCAAGGAGAUGAACCACCUCCUCAUCAACGUGAGGAAGACCAAGGAGAUGAAGCACCUCCUCAUCAACGCAGGGAAGACCAAGGAGAUGAACCACCUCCUCAUCAACACCAAGGAGAUGAACCACCUCCUCAUCAACGUGAGGAAGACCAACGAGAUGAACCACCUCCUCAUCAACGUGAGGAAGACCAAGGAGAUGAACCACCUCCUCAUCAACGCGGGGAAGACUAAGGAGAUGGACCACCUCCUCAUCAACGUGAGGAAGACCAAGGAGAUGAACCACCUCCUCAUCAACGCAGGGAAGACCAAGGAGAUGAAUCACCUCCUCAUCAACGUGCGGAAGACCAAGGAGAUGAACCACCUCCUCAUCAACGCGGGGAAGACCAAGGAGAUGAACCACCUCCUCAUCAACGUGAGGAAGACCAAGGAGAUGAACCACCUCCUCAUCAACGCAGGGAAGACCAAGGAGAUGAAUCACCUCCUCAUCAACGUGCGGAAGACCAAGGAGAUGAACCACCUCCUCAUCAACGUGAGGAAGACCAAGGAGAUGAACCACCUCCUCAUCAACGUGAGGAAGACCAAGGAGAUGAACCACCUCCUCAUCAACGCGAGGAAGACCAUGGAGAUGAACCACCUCCUCAUCAACGCGGGGAAGACCAAGGAGAUGAACCACCUCCUCAUCAACGCGAGGAAGACCAAGGAGAUGAACCACCUCCUCAUCAACGCGGGGAAGACCAAGGAGAUGAACCACCUCCUCAUCAACGUGAGGAAGACCAAGGAGAUGAACCACCUCCUCAUCAACGCGAGGAAGACCAAGGAGAUGAACCACCUCCUCAUCAACGCGGGGAAGACCAAGGAGAUGAACCACCUCCUCAUCAUCGUGAGGAAGACCAAGGACAUGAACCACCUCCUCAUCAACGUGAGGAAGACCAAGGAGAUGAACCGCCUCCUCAUCAACGCGGGGAAGACCAAGGAGAUGAACCACCUCCUCAUCAACGUGAGGAAGACCAAGGAGAUGAACCACCUCCUCAUCAAUGUGAGGAAGACCAAGGAGAUGAACCGCCUCCUCAUCAACGUGAGGAAGACCAAGGAGAUGAACCACCUCCUCAUCAACGUGAGGAAGACCAAGAAGAUGAACCACCUUCUCAUCAACGUGAGGAAGACCAAGGAGAUGAACCACCUCCUCAUCAACGUGAGGAAGACCAAGGAGAUGAACCGCCUCCUCAUCAACGUGAGGAAGACCAAGGAGAUGAACCACCUCCUCAUCAACGUGAGGAAGACCAAGGAGAUGAACCACCUCCUCAUCAACGUGAGGAAGACCAAGAAGAUGAACCACCUCCUCAUCAACGCGGGGAAGACUAAGGAGAUGGACCACCUCCUCAUCAACGUGAGGAAGACCAAGGAGAUGAACCACCUCCUCAUCAACGUGAGGAAGACCAAGGAGAUGAACCACCUCCUCAUCAACGCGGGGAAGACCAAGGAGAUGAACCACCUCCUCAUCAACGUGAGGAAGACCAAGGAGAUGAACCACCUCCUCAUCAACGUGAGGAAGACCAAGGAGAUGAACCACCUCCUCAUCAACGCAGGGAAGACCAAGGAGAUGAACCACCUGCUCAUCAACGUGAGGAAGACCAAGGAGAUGAACCACCUCCUCAUCAACGUGAGGAAGACCAAGGAGAUGAACCACCUCCUCAUCAACGUGAGGAAGACCAAGGAGAUGAACCACCUCCUCAUCAACGUGAGGAAGACCAAGGAGAUGAACCACCUCCUCAUCAACGCAGGGAAGACCAAGGAGAUGAACCACCUCCUCAUCAACGUGAGGAAGACCAAGGAGAUGAACCACCUCCUCAUCAACGUGAGGAAGACCAAGGAGAUGAACCACCUCCUCAUCAACGCGAGGAAGACCAAGGAGAUGAACCACCUCCUCAUCAACGCGAGGAAGACCAAGGAGAUGAACCACCUCCUCAUCAACGCGGGGAAGACCAAGGAGAUGAACCACCUCCUCAUCAACGAGCAGAGAGCGUAG